AUGGAAAGAAAUAUCGUAAGAAUAGCGGUCCGGCCGGCAGAUGCUAUAGACGAGACCACUUAUGUCACUCGAAACCAAGCUGCUCAAACUAAUCUAGCCAAGCACGUAAGAGACCUUUGCCUAUUUGUUCUCCCACAAAGAGGUCGUGACCAGCAAAUAAGUGAGCCGGGGCUUGAGUCUCAGGAAAGGCCAUUUGUGCUCAUCGCACAUAUCGGAGAGGUCAUGCAAGAAAUGAUAGAACCAGAGCAAAGCGAAGUUCAGUAUACGAAUUCUGCCCUUCCCUUUGAUUCACUUUUCGCUUUCGCUAUCCCACUUCUUAUUUCUUUGGCUUUUCUUUCGAGUGCCGAAACUGUACGCAUCUCCCGACACUUCACUAACGGUUUAGAAGCUAAGUCACUUGACUUGACCUGUGAGGGUACUUUUCCAGUUAGUGGAGAAGUAGCCAUUUGCUUCAAACAGGCACCUUGGAGAACCCUUAAGUUAAGGGUCUCGCUCCCUGAGUUCAAGAGUCUACACUCUCGCGUCAUAGGGCUCCGCCCCGGAAUCAGGACCCCUUUGACCAACGGGCUGACUCCGGCCCCUUUCCCUGAUGUGGUAUUCUCAGGGGCCGAAGUGCAAAGCCCCGUAGCCUAUCCGUGGUCAGGAAGGCAGGCUUAUACCAUUACGCUCACGAUCUACUAA